AUGGCGGCACCCUGUUGGAGGAGCAGCGUUAUGCUGCACAAGUUAAAUAAAUGUAUUAGAUUUAACCUGAUAUUUAGUAGUAAAUCUCAGAGUAAUGUGUGGAAUGUAAUCAUUAGGAACAUCUGCACACAUGGAUCUAAAUGCCAACUGCAACACAAACUGCAGAAAAAGAGUUCUCCUCAGAUGGUGGGUGUGGUAGCCCUGGAGAUCCAUGCACAGAUUCAGGCCACUUCAAAGCUGUUCUCGAGCUCAGGGGUUGGAUUCUCCGCUCCACCCAACUCACUAGUGUCAUUUUUCGAUGCAUCACUACCUGGCACGCUGCCGGUUCUGAACAAGAGGUGUGUAGAGGCUGCAGUGAUGACCGGCCUUGCUCUCAACUGCAAAGUUAACACAAAGUCUCUAUUCGACAGGAAGCACUACUUUUAUGCGGACCUGCCAGCAGGUUACCAGAUCACACAGCAGAGACAGCCCAUAGCUGUAAACGGACUACUAACCUACAGUUAUUUAAGAGGGAAGAAGAGGAGUGAGGUGAUUACGAAGAGUGUAAGAAUAAGACAGAUCCAGCUGGAACAGGACAGUGGGAAAAGUCUACACGAUGAGGAGAGGAGCCAAACACUUAUCGACCUUAACCGUGCAGGUGUGGGUCUGAUGGAGCUAGUGAUGGAAACUGAUAUGUAUUGUGGUGAAGAAGCAGCGGCAGCAGUUCGAGAACUUCAGCUCAUCCUACAAACACUCGGUACCUGCCAGGGAAACAUGGCUGAGGGCCAGUUGCGAGUUGAUGCCAACGUUUCAGUCCAUUAUCCAGGAGAGCCCCUUGGUGUUCGAACUGAAGUGAAAAACAUCAACAGCGCCAGAUUUGUCGCCAGAGCUAUCGAUUAUGAGAUCCAGAGGCAGAUUGAGGUUCUAGAGUGUGGAGGAACUGUACUAAAUGAGACUCGAGCCUUUGACAGCAAAACAGGAAUAACAGUUCCUAUGAGAGAUAAAGAAGGUCUGCAGGACUACAGGUUUAUGCCAGAGCCCAAUCUUCCUCCUCUUUUUGUUUACGAGGAUGUAGACUCAGUGCCUGAUGGUGUUGACCUGGCCCAUGUGGUGGUGAUUGACAGAUUAGGAGCCCAGUUACCUGAACUGCCUGGACAGAAGAGGAUAAGACUCGUUGAUGAGUACGGCCUCCUUCCUGAACACAGCUUCACUCUGGUGAAUGAAGAAGGACUGUUGGACUUUUUCAUGAGGGUUGUCCAGAACACCAAACUGGAACCAAGGAAGCUGAUUGGCUGGGUGAUGCAGGAGCUGCUUGGUAAUCUGAAUCAGCAGAACCUAAAGGUCACACAGAGCCCUGUGUCACCUGAUGCUCUUGCAGAGCUGCUGAAUUUACUCGAUUCUGAUAUCAUUUCAUCUUCUGCUGCCAAAGCGAUAUUUCAGGAAAUGUGGAGGGCUCCAGAAAAGUGUGUAAAGCAGCUGGUAAAGGAACUGGAUUUGGGGCUCAUCAGUGAUCGAGAGGAACUCAUCAAAAUCUGCCAAAGAGUGAUAGAAACCAAUCCUGAACUGGUGCAGGCGAUCAGAGGAGGCAAUAAGAAGGUUCUCAAUAAGCUGAUGGGGGCCGUUCAGAAAGAAACCAAGGGUCGAGCUGAUCCAGUCCAAGUUAGGAAACUCCUGGAGGAAUUAACAUUGUGACCAAAGUGAAAUGUACUGAUUGAUAUUUACAUAUUACAUGCAAGAUAUAACAGUUCAACUAAUGAGAGGAUCAAUAAUGAACUGAUAAAUUAUGUGUUCCUGUUUUUUGUAACUAGUUAUUGUAAACAUUUGAACCGGUUAUAUUCCUGCUGAUAUAACUGAUGUGUGUUAAUGUUUUAUGUUGCACAUGUUUGAUUUCCUGUUGCCAUCAGAUCACUGUCAAACAGAAUUCUAUGAGGUGUGAAAGACUUGGCUAUCAGGGGGAAUAAAUGUACAAAUAUUUAAAUGCUGACCUGUUUUUACAUCCAGUGUUUUCUAUUUUUGUUUGUGCAUCACUUACCUUUUAUAAUGGAACUAAGUAA